AUGCAGAAACCCAUUCGUACAGGAUACGAAUGGGCUACUGGCGCCAAGUCCAAAACACGCAGUUUACUACGGACACGCAGGUUGCAAUAUCUUUUCGGACUGGCUUUACGCAGUAGAUACAAGCUCCGCAGUCUCACCAUACCGGAGGCUUAUCAAGGCUCAAAGGCACUAGAGCUGCAUGAAGCGCCUCAGCAAUUGUCUUUGAAGAGACAGGCCGCUGGCCUCCAACCGGACCAUUGGCUGACGCAAGUGCAAACUGAUCAAUAUUACAACUUACUUGACCCGCACGAUGCAUUCGCAUUUGACAAAGGUGUCAAGAAAAAUGUCUGGCCGUGUGCUCUACGGCAAACCUACCAGAUUUGGGGAUAACGAAGCUUUUUACAGAGCAACGGGUUGAGGGUUGUAUCGGCUGGAG